AGUUGCACCGGAUGUAAGACAAGAAGACAGAAGAAAGUCUCAGCUGUAAACGUAGCUUGUAUGGGAUUAGCUGUUAGAAAACCCUUUUUUUGUUUGUAAUCCAACAUUUAAGGAGUAUUCGAAAUUUAACAGAAUAUGCAUACAAACUGAUGAUAAAUGCAUUGAAUCGAGAGGUAAAAGGGUUCCCAAAAUAACCUUUAACUGAUAAGUAAGCGCUGCACUAGCUAGCUAGCUAGCUAACGUCGGAUACCCCAAACAUUUGCUAGCAUUGUUUACAGAUGUCAGCCAUUACUCUGGCCGGAGACCGGCAGCCCAGAAAGACUGCGGGUAACCGCAUGUCAAAAUUACUUGAUGCCGAAGAAGAGGAUGAUUUCUACAAAACUACGUAUGGAGGCUUCAACGACGAAUCGGGAGACGAUGAGUACCACGGAGAACAUUCCGACACAGAGGACGAGGUGGACAGCGACUUCGACAUCGAUGAGGGCGACGAGCCAGACAGCGACCAGGAGGACGAUGCACCUCGAAGGAAAAGUCGAGUGGUCACUAAAGCAUAUAAGGAACCAAUAAAAGUGGCAAAACCAAAACCAAAAAGACCCUCGGAAGAACAGAAGAAGACAGAGAAAGUUAAAGUGGAGCUCAAAAGAAGGAUUCCACAAGAAUUCCAAGAUUUUGGCGAGAGUAAGAUCGCUCGGAAGUCUGUGCGACAAUCCACCAGUGAACAUACGCGAAAGACCAAUCUGCGCUUGCAAGAGCGCCAGGAGGCCCCUCGGCGGCGGAGAGGUGCCCAUCGGGACCGGCCCCUCACUCAAGAUGAGCUGCUGGCUGAAGCCAAAUUAACAGCAGAGAUCAACAUUCGAUCUUUAGAGAACUAUGAACGUCUGGAGGCGGACAAGAAGAAACAAGUUCACAAGAAGCGUCGGUUUGAGGGACCAACCAUCCGUUACCACUCCGUCCUGAUGCCUCUGGUCUCGCACUCUGUUUUAAAAGAAGAAAACGUUGACGUUGAAGGGUUGGAUCAGGACGUCCCUCAGACGGCGCCGCAGAAUCCCGCUACUCCUUCCCAGCAGCCUGCAGGAGGCCUGUGCUCCCGCACCUACAUAACGUUCAGCGACGACGAAGCCUUCGAGGCGUCCUUCCCACACAGCGGCCAGUCGAGUCCCCAGCUGCCUGUCCAGGAGGUCUGUCCUGUCACCCACAAGGCCGCGCUGUACAGAGACCCGGUCACCGACAUACCGUACGCCAACACGCGGGCCUUCCGCAUCAUCCGAGAAGCGUACCGCAAAUACGUGGCCGCUCACGGCUUUCCAAACACUUCGGGCGCGGCGGCGGGACUCGACUCCUCGGCGACGAAGGCGUCCCGCCAGAAAAUGGUCGUCAAGCAGAGCGCCAUGGCAACAUAGAUGAGUUUAGAAAUGACGAAUGCGUCCGUUUUGGAUUGAUUAGUUGAGGUAGAAUGAGUCUAUGAAGUGAGGGGGAGGGAGGGAAAAAAACGUUUUUGGAUUUUGCCGGUGUCUGUGAUAAACGUGUUACAGUUGAAGCAAUGAUGCACAGGUUUGUCUGUUGACUUGACAUUAUUACAUAAUGAGAAGUAACGUAAUGACACAAGCAAAUCUGUUGGUAAGUUGCAGAAAACGUUUUUCUGGUGUCUCUUUUUUAAAUAAAUGAAUAUUGUCCAAGAACACUCAGAACAAUCCAGAUUGAAUCCUACCAUAAAGUGAGGAAUCUUUGUCUGA